AUGAGUGACAACUGUAGAGCAAAUGUAAAGAAAUAGUUUCUAUUUUUGAAAAAUAGAAAGAUUGGAUGUUGAAAAUCCAAAAACUGAAAAUUUGUAUGACUAGGUUCCGCAUACCAACGUAAAGUGCGCUGUGUUUGUAGUUGUCGCCCAAUGAUGUCUGUGGUCAUCUUAACACUCAUAGUUUUGAGUAGUUUUUCGCUAUCUUCGAGUAGUAGAAAUAGACCAGGAGAUUUGGAUGAAAUUCUUUAUUUACCAGGCGCUUGGCCACAACCGAAUUUCAAGCAGUUCUCUGGAUAUCUCCAUGGGUCAUCCGAUAAGGUCAAUAUUCAUUACUGGCUUGUCGAAGCUGCUUCGUCACCGGCGUCAGCUCCGUUAAUUGUAUGGUUAAACGGUGGACCAGGGUGCUCUUCGUUAGAAGGUUUACUUACUGAAAAUGGUCCUUACCUCCUCCAGGAAGGACCUCGUCUCGUGGAAAAUCCAUACUCCUGGAAUAAAGUUGCUAAUGUUUUGUACCUAGAGGCCCCAGCUGGUGUGGGAUUCUCUUAUUCUACUGCUCCAUCUCAAUCAUGGGAUGAUGAUCGAACUGCUUUAGACAAUUAUCAUGCAUUGCUUCAUUUCCUGAAAAAGUUCCCCGAAUAUGAAGGACGUCGUCUAUUUGUUACUGGUGAAAGUUACGCCGGUGUUUAUGUGCCAACAUUAAGUGUACUUCUUUUAAAUUCAUCAAGAUUCGACUUCAAGGGCAUUGCUGUUGGGAAUGGAUUGAUUAAUUACAGAUUCAAUGAUAAUUCUCUAUUGUAUUUUAUUAAUUAUCAUGGUUUGAUUGGUGAAAAUUCAUGGAAUGAUUUAAAUAAUAAAUGUUGCAAAGAUAAAUGCUCAACCGUUUGUAUGUUCACCGAUAAUCAAUCACCUGAAUGUCAACGGACUGUUAGUCAGCUAUAUGAAACUUCUAUGAAGGGAUUAAAUGAGUAUAAUUUAUAUUCUGAAUGUGCUGGUGGUGCUGAAAUGUCAUCUUUCAAUUAUAAUCGUUCAUCAAUGUCUAUCUCUGAGUUGUCUUCCAUUCUGGCAACAUCUAAGCAAUUUAUUCAUCACGAUUUCGGUAAUUUGUUUCGUGAUAAUGUCUAUCUGAAAUAUCGCCGUUACGCUAAUUCUUUAAUACGUCAUAAUCUGACUACUCGUUUAGUUGUACCAUGUGUAGAUGAUACAGUGAUUCGUAGUUAUUUAAAUUCACCAAUAGUACGUCGAUUUAUCAAUGUAAGACUUGAUUUACCGACAGAAUGGGAUCUUUGCAGUGAAACAGUUAACGUCAAUUAUGUUCGAAUUUAUCAUGAUCUUACAGAGCAGUAUAUGAAAUUACUUAAAUCUAAGAUUUUUAUUUUAAUAUAUAAUGGUGAUAUUGAUAUGGCAUGUAAUUAUUUUGGCGAUGAAUGGUUUGUGGAUAAUUUAAAUCUAACGACCAUAUCUCCCCGUUCACCUUGGUUAUAUGUUGAGAAAGAUGGUACUAAACAGAUCGGCGGAUACUGGAAAUCGCUAUCAGACAAUGAAUCGAAUUUGGUGUAUACCACUAUACGGGGUGCAGGACAUAUGGUGCCACGAGAUAAACCUGCUGCAACGUUUCACAUGAUUCGUCGGUUCAUUGACUUCAAAACUUUUUAAUAUGUAGUGGAUAUUAACACGAAACUUGAUCAGCUGUCUAUCUCCCUACUUCUGUUUUUGAUUCUGAUUAUUUUUUCAUAAGACGCUAUUGUUUAUGCUCCUUACCAUUGGAUGCCCCAAUCUUAUAUUAUCAUACCGCUUUGAUUUUAUCUGUCUGUUUUAUAUUGUCAAAUUCGAAAUUAGCUACGAGACAGAAUUAUUGUGUUCUGUUUAUCUAUAUUUCCUUUUGUGUUUGAUUCCCACAUUACGAUUUUAAUAGUAGGUUUUUGAUAAACGUCAGUGAUUAUUAUCGAUGGUUCGCAAAAACCGUCUGUAUGGACGACUGUUGUGUGUUUUUGGUGUCUUAUUGAAUGACAUUGUGGUGUUCAAAGUAACGAUAAGAGACCUAGAACUCAAUACACGUUUAUUAAUUUGAAAUGAAACGAUAACCAUGCCACUGCUAAAUAUAAUCUUGUUCAAAGCA